GCUGCAGCAAUGAAACUCACUUGCAUUGGAUCGUUGGUACUGCUGGCGGCAGCCGCGCAGUCGGUGCAUGGCUGGUGGGACAACGGGCACAUGCUCGUCAGUGAAAUCGCGACCCAGAGCUUGGCUCCUAGUGACGUCACCACAUUGAACGCUUUACUGUCCAAGUACGACAGGGACUUCCCCAACACUGGCACCGUCACAACCGCAUCGAUCUGGGGUGACUUGAUCAAGUGCAGCUCGGUGGUGAGCACGUACUGCCCGUCGGUCACGACACCAGCCCUCAACAUGCUCGACGAAUGGCAUUAUGUGAACCUGCCCGUCAACGUGAACGGCACCGACUACAAGAACUUAACGUCUAGUGACGGCACCAAGUUGAUCAAGGAAGCGCAGGGCGGCCAAGCCCUGGACUUCCUCACCAAGACAUUCACCACGUUUGGGAAGACGCAGUCAGCCCAUGCGGCCAACUGGGCGUUGCGCAUGCUCUUGCAUGUGUUUGGAGACAUUGCCAACCCCAUGCACAACGUCGCAGGGAUGACAAGUCUGUUCCCCGACGGAGAUUUCGGCGGCAACAAGUUCCUCUUCAAGAAGCCGUGCGUCGGGUCCAACUUGCACGCAAUCUGGGACAGCGUGGGCGCCAAGUACGGCUCGGUCAACUGGAGCCCCACGUUCGUCCCCGGCUCAGCCGACUACGCGGCACUGCAGGCCAACGCGACGGCAUUGCUCAGCAAGUACGGCACCGUCCCGGACAAACUCGACUUUGGCUCGGUCAAAGACGUCGACUACCCCAAGUUUGUCACUGCUAUGAACUCGGAGCCGUUGGUUAAGAUACAAAGGACCUUUCUCGAGUCGUAUGACGUGGCCCGCCAAGUCGCGUACAAGAACAUCGACUUGAACUGCACGCUGGACGACAAACAAAAGUGCAUCAACCCGUGCCCGUCCAGUGAUUACGUCAACGCCCUCAUUGCUAGCGCCGAGGCGUCCAUCACCGUCCAAGGCAAACGGUUGAGCGUGAUUCUGACCCAAAUCGCCAAGCAAAUCCGAGCGUUGAACUUACUCACCCCCGUCACUACCCCUGCUCCACCUCCUACCAAUGCGACUGCGGUCCCUACAACCACUCGAUCGAAUUGUUAAGUCUCGUGUCAGUGUAGAUCGAUGAAUUUCGGAUGUGUGCCUUGACUCGGAAUGUGUACUACGUACUGUAGUACAUAAUAGGGAGAUUUCGCAGACGAGUAUUUAUCUUUAUCCUUAAAAUAACCUCUGAAACUUUAUAGGUUUAAGGAAAACGCCGGAACUUACAAGUUCCAGCGUUUUACCAGAAUCCAUGAAAUGGGUCCAUUUUGGGGAUUCGAAUCCUCCAC